ACGUUCGCUUAGCUCACAAGGCUCUAUAUGCUUUCAUCUGGAAGUUAAUAAUCCCAGCAGCUUUUGUCCUUUUUCUCCUUAGCUGUCAUUUCCAGUGUAUGCCUCGGCUUCAACUUCUCUCUCGCCGAAGGUCUCGAUACCCUAGAUUUAGCUUCCUUCCAACUGAAAAUGGCGGAAGAAAAGGAGUCAACCUCAGUGCCUUUGAGUCAAACGGGUGGAAAUGGCGGUGAAGAUCCCGAAGAUCCGGAAAAAACUCUUCCAGCUUCGCCCAAUUCCUCCACUCGAAAGGCUUGCUGUUAUUUUCUCCAGAGCUGGGUCUCAAAGAAGUUCAUGACUGGAUGUGUUGUUCUUUUUCCAGUUGCAGUUACAUUUUUUGUUACAUGGUGGUUUAUUCAGUUCGUUGAUGGUUUCUUCAGUCCAUUAUAUGAACGGCUUGGCAUCGAUAUAUUUGGGCUUGGAUUUGUCACAUCUUUACUUUUCGUAUUCUUUGUUGGCGUUUUUGUCUCAUCAUGGAUGGGUGCCACUGUUUUCUGGCUUGGAGAAUGGUUUAUAAAGAGAAUGCCCUUUGUUAAGCAUAUAUACUCGGCCUCCAAGCAAAUUAGUGCCGCAAUUUCUCCAGACCAAAAUACCACUGCUUUCAAAGAGGUAGCUAUCAUCCGUCAUCCACGUGUUGGUGAAUAUGCAUUUGGUUUUAUUACAUCAACAGUAAUCCUUCAGAAAGAGAACGAAGACGAAGAGUUGUGCAGUGUUUUUGUCCCGACAAACCAUCUAUACAUUGGUGAUAUAUUUCUCGUCAACUCCAAGGAGAUCAUUAGACCAAAUCUGUCCAUUCGAGAAGGCAUAGAGAUCAUUGUCUCUGGAGGGAUGACAAUGCCGCAGACUAUUGCUCCUCUUGCUCGACCAAAUGAUAGAAUCCCUCUCAACAGAAUAAUGUAACUGCGGGGAACAAGAAAUUCGGGUAAUACUGUAAUUAUUUUCAUGCAACAUUUUCUUGUUCAACCAUCGAAGUCUCUCCUUCAAUGACAGGGCUACCAAGAUCAGACGUUUGCCCAUAGACAUCCUCACAAAGAUUUGAGAGCAGUUAUGUCUACUUUCAGUUCUGUAAGUAGAGCCAAAUUCGGGUUGUGUGACUGGGUUUCAAACCAUACAUCUUCUGUCUGUCUGUAGUGAAAAUGAACUGGAGAUAUUUUAUUUUAGGAGAGUUGUAUUUUAAUUUCAAGUGUCCUCCUUAACGCCUUGAUUAUGAAGCAUAAUAAUAGUUUUGAGUUAUAAUGCA